UUUGACAUUCUUUCUGCAUCUUUCUUUUCACUUCCCGUCUGUCCCUGCUGCCUCCCCAUCAGGCUAAGGGAUGCUGCCGUUUGCUAGCCUAAUAUGGGCCAUUGCUGCUGCAGGCUUCAUUUUCUCCCUCUCUGCUGUCUGGACCAAACGAAUGAGAGCGCCAUUGUAAAAGAGAGGGAGCUGUCCCUGGAGCUCGGCCGAAUCAGGGAUGAAGUGGCUGUUAGUGUCGCGCACUGGGAGCAGCUGCAGCAGGAGAAGGAGGACCAGGAGCGGCGUUUUGAGGCCGAGCUGCAGGGGCUGCGGGCUCAGCAGCGGAGCGAACUGGGAGCGUUGGAGGAGAGGCUGAAGGCUCGGCACGCAGAGGACACCGAGAGCCUGCAGGCCCAUCAGCGAGCUGAGCUGGAGGAGCUCCGUUUCAGACACCAGGAGCAGCUUGAGGAGAUGACAGAGAAUCAUGAGACAUCUUUGACAGAGAUGGAGACGGCCCACAAUGACACUUUAGACACUUUGCAGGAGGAGCACGCAAGGACAGUAAAGAAUCUGAAAAUGGCUCAUGAACAACAGAAAAAGUCUCUAGAGGAAGAGUUUGAGAAAAUCAGACUUUCACUCAAGGAUCAGGUGGACACGCUUACGUUUCAGAACCGCAGCCUGAGAGAUCGAGCAAAACGCUUUGAAGAAGCUCUUCGGAAGAGCACAGAUGAGCAGAUAGUUGAUGCGUUGGCUCCAUAUAAGCAUAUUGAGGAGGACCUGAAGAGCCUUAAAGAAGUUCUGGAGAUGAAGAAUCAACAAAUUCAUCAACAGGAGCUGAAGAUUUCCGAACUGGAGAAAAUACAGGCUGAAAAGAAUGUGCACCUGGAGGAGAGACUGCAAGUGUUGCAGCAGCAGAACGAAGACCUGAGAGAGCAGAUAGACAAGAAUCUAGCUGUGUCCAGGCAACUCUCUGAAGAGAACGCCAACCUGCAGGUGCACGUGGAGAUGGAGAGCAAAGAGAAGAAGCGUCUGAGUCGCACCAACGAAGAGCUCCUGUGGCGUCUGCAGACAGGCGAGCUGAGUCCACACAUGACCCCCAGCUCCUCCCCCAUCCACCACCCAGCCUCUGGACCGGGCUCGCCCGCCCGCCCCCACUCCUACCACCAGUGACUGUUUGUACCAAACAUCUUAUUUUAUCAGUGUUUUUGUUUAACUCUGAAAAAAAAAUUUCCUCUGUUUUAAAGGAAUAUUAUACAAUCAGUGGACAAAGAGACAGUAAUAUGUUCUGUUUGUUUGGGGAGAAUCUCCUUACCCAUUUGAUGCAUUUCCAAACCACAUUUUUUAUUUUUAUUUUUUUUUAUUGUUUUCUUUGACCUCAUGAAUUGUACAGAUGAUUCCACAAAGAGUAAAACCUUAGCAUGUUUCUCCAGCAGGUGAAAGUUCAGAGAGCAUCGCAGUGCCUCAUUUACAUGUUUUCGCCUCCAUCUACAUUUCCCUCUUCUCCUUCAGCUCUCAGGAUGAUGGAUAAAUAAGACAUAGUAAACUCAAAAAACAUGAAGCGCCUUCUGUCAUCCAUUCCCUCCCACCAGCAAGGUCCACCUGGGGGCUUGGCAGUAUUAUCAGAAAAAUCCAACCUCAGAUCUCAACAUUUUCAUGUAGAAACAUUUCAUUCAUCAUGAGUGUAUGAUUUAUACCAAGCCAUCUAACCUCAAACCAUUCAUAACUCCACUUUACUGCCAAUACAGUGUAAGUAUAUUAUGAGUUAUUACUUGUGUAGACUCUGUAGAUGUAUGACUAUCUUUACAGCAUGGGUUGUCUUCCGAUUAGAACAGAUUUUCAGAUUAUUUCAUGUAUGUAUGUAUGAUGAGAAGAAUUAGAAAGAAGCACUUCAAGAUAUUUUGGAGAAGAAGAAACCUUCACUCUCAGCUGAAUUAAAGAAAAGGUAGUCAACUCACACAAAAUAAAACCACCAAAGAUGAAGUUCUUGAACUAUAACACACUGCAUCAGUUACAUGCUUGGAACUCAAUGAAGAACACUCAUACUUCACAAGAAGCCCCUUGAGGGUUUUUUUUUUUUUUUUUUUUUUAACAUUUUGGGAUGUUUCAAACACAAGCUUGAAUGUUUUUAUUUGGAUUUCAUGAGCUGAAAGCUGAAAAGUUUGCCAAAAAGCAUAUGAUAUUCCUUCAUCUAAACCAUUGCAACGUAAAUCUGGGGAUGUGUUUAAGGUUACUGUCCUGUUGGAACCUGUUCACAUUCCAGCAGGAUCGCCCUUAAUUUAGCUCCAUUCAUUUUCACAUCAACUCUGAUAAGCUUGAUGCUGCUACCACUGUAUUCCCACAGUGGAAAUGGUGUUUUUUUCUUUAUUCAACCUUUAUUUGACCACGAUAAAACUUCUUGAGAUCUCAAGAAAAUUUAACUUUAAUACCCAAUUACCUGUAUUUAGAUGGGAUUAAAUCACAUAUUAACUUCAGAAGUCUUUUUUGUUAUUAUUAUUUGUGAACUACCAAUUUCCUUUUAUUUUACAAUUAUGCACUACUUUAAUUUGGUUUAUCAUAUACAGUCCUAAUAACAAACAUUUAAGUUUGUGGUUGCAACGUGAUAAAUUGUUGAAAAGUUUAAGAGGUAUGAAUCCUUUUGCAGCAGCAACAGUUUUUGCUUUAUCUUUUCUGCGCUCUGUUCCAUGUUCUUCAUAUUUCCGUAUGUACAGUUCGAACAGUUAAACUAAUUAUGAAGUCUUUCCAUCAUAUCUGCAGCUUGUGUUCCGGUUUUGCAACAUUUCCUGAGUCACUUAGAAGCAAGAAAUGAACAUCUGAUGCAAUCUUACCUCAUUUUUCAUUGUUUGGAUUAAGCUCAGGAUUUGAGAAAAUGUAUAAGUCAUCAAAGGGAAGCAACUGCCAUGGUUUUUAUUUUAUUUAAAUUUCAUUUAUUUUAUUUGUUCAUGUUUACAUACGGCAACCAGCCAUCAGAAAUCUGUCUUGCUAAAUAUUUCUCUUACACAGGCAUUUAGAUGUUAGCAGUAGGUAGAAAUAUUACAAAAAGGUCUAAGAAAAAA